ACAUACACACAUAGAAACAUGUACACACACACACACACGCACAGAGACACAUGUACACACACACACACAUGUACAUACACAAAGACACAUGUACAUGCACACAUGUACACACACACACACACACCCCCUAUAAAAAGUUGCAGUACUUCGUUGUUCACUCACAGAGCUGGGUACUGCACUCUAAGGGGAGGCAGAGAGCACAGCACACACUCCUUCCUUUGCUUUCACUGCGGUCAGCUAUUGAGCAGUCUGACGGCUCCCAGUGACAAUGACAUAUCCGGUCUGAGCUCCGAGCCUGCUCAGCAAGACGGCCUUGGGGCACACACUCGCCCCCACCAUAAUUUCCACUUGCCAUUGGCGAGCAGAAAUUUCAAGGCCUGGUCU